AUUAACUAUUAUCUAAUUAAUCUUUUAAUUGGCGCUGAUUACCGAAAUUCCUUAUUAACUAAAUUAGUUCUUACUAACCUGACUUAACGCUCCAUUUCUGUAUAAAUAGGUAAUCGGGAUAGCAAUGGUCAUCAUUCGACAGAGACACGUCGAGGAAGGAGGUUACUUGAAAAUAUCCAGCAAGAUGUUCACCUACAUUUGCGUCGCCCUCAUGUUUGUAGGUGCCUGUAUGGCUCAAGCCCAAAAUACAUCACCUACUGCCAAGUACAAUAACAUCUGUGCGAAGAAGAAUUCUUACUACAAGGUUGACGGCAGCUGCGAUUCCUAUGUAGAGUGUAUCGGGUAUGUUGCCGAAACAAGGACUUGUCCUGACGGCUUCAACUACAACCCUGAAGCAGUGUGGCCGCAGUACCCCUGUGGAUACCCCAUGGACGUGCCGUGUGUAGGCCGCGGAGAUUCCCAACCGCCCCACGCUACUGCUGACUGUCCUCACCAGUUUGGAUUCUUCAAGUCCCCUCUCGCCAGUGCUGAGAACUGUGGUCAAUACCGCCAGUGUGUAGGAGGUGUAGCUAUUGAACUGUCCUGUCCUGCUGGCCUUGCCUUCAACCCUGACACCAGCCGUUGCGACUGGCCCGACAACGUUUCUUCCUGCAACACCAACGCAUUCCUCGGAUUCACCUGUCCCUCUGGUCCCAAUGCCAACUACCUGUACCAUGGAAACUGCUACUACUUCUUCUCGUGCACUGAAGGACACCCCAGGCUACUGCAGUGUGACGCCGGCAUGGCCUUCGACCCCGAUUCAGGUCGCUGCGUAGAAGAUCACCUCAUCAACUGCUCCUCCGGGAAAGUGCCUAUCGCCUCCCAGCAAUAGAUUACAAAAUAUAAUUAGAAAGUUCGCGUAUUUACGUACAUUUUGUACUUAAUGUAAAUAUUCUUGGAAAA